AUGCUGUUGGGACGACGGGUGCUCGGCCGUCGGUCGAUGUACACAUGGAGAGACAUUCCGUACACCGCCAAUGCACAUCCAAGGCAGAUACUGGACGUCGUGGUCCCAACGUCGCCCACCUUCCCUCGACCCAAACUGCCAGUAACGGUGUUUGUUCACGGCGGAGCGUGGCAACGCGGUGACAAGAGCGGGAGGUUCUACGCGCAUGUAGCACCCACGAUCGCACAAUCCACGCCCACGCUUGUGGUCACGAUGAACUACCGGUUGUCCCCAGAGGUCAAGUACCCUGAACACAUCCACGACGUCCUGCGUGCAUUGCAAUGGGUCCACCGCGAGAUUCACAAGUAUGGCGGCGACAACGAGCGCAUUGUGUUGAUGGGGCACUCAGCCGGUGCGCAUUCCGUGAUGAAACUCGCCUUGGACGACGGGGAAGCGUUUCCCAAUUGCCCACCGCUCCUGGGAGUGGUUGGUAUCUCGGGGGUGUACAACAUCGUACGGCUGUCGACGGCGAGCAUCUUUGGGUCCAUGGCGCUUGACCCUGUGUUUGGACAUGGCGUGCAAGUGCGCCGAGAAUCCUCCGUGAUGCAACCUUCCGCUGCAUCGUUGGGAAGCAUGAAGAAGGACCUGCCGAUGCUGCUGCUGUAUGCACAAGACGAUUUUCACCUGGAUGAAGACGCAAUCGAGCUGAAAGCAUGGCUCAACUCCCUUGGAUUUACCCACGUCGCAUGCGAAGAGAUCUCUCGAACGAACCACUUUACCAUCAUCGGCAACGUCAACGCCAACCUCCCGCCAUCGCGGUCCACUCAAGCCAUCACCAAAUUCAUUCGAGAUGUGACCACAGAGAAGAAUGGGCAUUAG